CUCUUUUUUUUUUUUUUUGGUUGAAUUCUACUCCUCUUUUUUUCCUUUGGUUGAAAAGUUUUUAAAAAAAAUGCAUACUUUUCAUAAGAAAUUAGAUUAAGACACUAGCUAGAUACCAGUGACAACAAUUCAGUGGAAUUCUAGCAUAAGCAGAGUAUGGAAGCAUAAUAUAGUACAACCUUAUGGAACUUGUAAACAAAAUAUUUUCUGAACUUUUCAUUUAUUCGCGUUUUUGCAUCCAGCUGUAAACCAAAUUCCCCAGUGUAAUCUCUUGCUUCUUCUACCACAGUAAUUUAUGUAUGACAUCAGUCAUCUUCAACUUUAUUCUUUUCUGUUUCGCUGCUAUAGUAUUAAUCCCUUCCCCCCUUCCAUUUGGAAUCACAUUCUGUUCCCUGUAUGAGUUACCUUGCUUCUUCGUAGUGAAAAUAGCAUGGGCCUAUGGGGUGUUGUGAUUCAUGUUUUGAGUACAUUGUAGAAAUUGUCGUUCAAGAUUGUCUUUACAUAGGGUAUCAGAAUUACAUGAGGACCGCCUUUACGUUUUACAGUUUUCAUUGAGCCCUACAAUUGUUACUGCACGCUUCAGGAAUAAAUAAUGUAUCUGACUUUAGUAACCUUGAUGGAGUAAAGUCAAGAAGUCUAGUGCAAGGAGAUAGCAUAACAUCUGUAAAGUGAUAAAAGAUUUUGAUAGCAGAGGCAGCAGAGCUUCUUAUAACCGAGCUUUUAGAUUCUUCAAGAAGUUGUAUGUUUUUGCUAAGCUUACUAUUGAGGUUUUAAAGAUGCCCUGCAUGAUCACAUGUCAAAUGCUUUAUAAUGCAGUCCAAUCUGUGGACGGUUGAUGAGCUCUUCCGUUAAUUUCCGAGAAGGGCCACAGCCGCAAUAAUGCAGUACAAUCUGUGGACAGUUGUUGAAUAUCUUCCACAAAAGUAAGUUUUUGGCCGCUGAGGUUAAGAGACUGUAGAUUGUGGAGAAUAAUAUUAUUAGCUUAUUUUAGUUUCUUUCCUAUGUUUCAUGUUAAGCUUGACUUAAGAACCUUGUAAUAUAAUAAAGGAAAAAGCAAGACACUUGCGAAUGACUCAAUUUGAUCCCAAUCGUGGUUAGUGAGCUUUUGUUAGCUGCUGGUGGGAGUUGAAUCUGAUGCCUUUCCCUUUUCUCUGAUGUUAUUUUGUACGGUUGUAAUUUUCAGAUUUUGUGUUAUGUUUUGCUUUGUACAUCUCCUAAGACUAUAUAUAUAUGAACUCGUACCGAUCCUUUUUCUCCACCCUCAAUCGGCCUAUUGUUCUUUAGAAGUCUAUUUUAGGUUUCGAUAAUUUAAACAUUUGACUUCCAACAUGUCAAACCAGCAGUCUCGCCCAUGGUUCCGUUUAGCCACUCUCCGACCCUCUCAGCAGCAGGCUCCUGCUCCUGCUCCUGCUCGAGCUCCAGCACCAGCACCUGCACGAGCACCAGCUCCAGCACCUGCACCACAGCCUCAAGCCCAACCUUCUCCUAUGCCUCGACCUGCCCUCAUGCGACCAACAUUUAGGCCUUCUGCUACUCAGCCUCCUCCAGCUCAAGAUGCUGCUCCUCGAGCUCCUGCUCCAACCCCUUCUGCCUCUGCUCCUCCUCAAUUAGCUGUCACCUCUGCUGCUCCUGCUCCCUCUCCUGCCCCUGCCCCUGCCCCUGCUCCCACCCCCACCAUCACCACCGGUUCAGCACCAAAGGCUCCUGCUUCUGCCCCCCCUGCUGCUGCUACACAGCAGCCUCCUCUCCCUGCUAUUCGAUCUCCUCCUGCAAUCACUAGAACUCCCACAUCAAUAACUUCUGCAUCCCCAGUCCCUCAAAAGUCGCCUCCUUCCAGUUCAAUGCCCUCACCUCCUGGAACAUCUUCAUUGCCGUCACCUCCUAAACCAAAAACCCAACCUUCUCCACCUUCUUUGCCGUCUUCCCAAGCUAUCUCUCGCUCCAGUCCACCUUCUCCUCCCAAACCACCUUCUCCUACCUCGCCUCCCAAACCUUCAUUUCCCUCUUUGAAACAAUUAUCACCUCCCACGGCACCAACUGUUUCUCCGCCAAAACCACCCUCACCUCCCAAACCUUCAUUUCCCUCUUUGAAACAAGUAACACCUCCCAUGUCGCCAGAUGUUUCUUCUCCAACUAAGCUCUCUUCGCAAGAUGUUUCUCCUCCAAAACCUGCCACUACUACUUUUCGUCCAAUGCCAAGAUCUUAUAUGUCACUUCAAGAAACCCCUCCUCCUCAGUCACAAAAAACUCAACCCUCUGUUACUCCUCCUCCAUUUACCCUGCCCCCUUCACAACUCCAUUCCGAGAGAGACCGAGGGCUUAAAAUGCCUCCUGUUGCUGAAUACAAAACAGCCCUGCCCCCUUCACAACUCAAUUCCGAGGGAGAACGUGGAAAUAAAAUUCCACCUGAAGCUGUAAACAAACCAGUGGUCGUACAGCAUACUGUCGGAAAACCCAAGCCAUUUCUCGAUUCAUAUGGCAGUGAUUCUCAGAAGCCUCGGAUUGGAAAGAAUGUUAAACCAAAAGAAAGAGACAUUUACAGGAAGUCCUCAGAUUCUGAAGAUAGUGGCGUGAGAAUUAUAACUAUUACUGGUGAAAACAAAGGCGCUAUUAUGGAACUUGGACGUGGUUCUGCUUUGAAUAACCCUCACAAAGCCAGAAGUGAUGGAGUCAUAUCAGAAGUUAAUUACAAUGGCAAAGAAGACAUGUCUAAGCUGAAAGGUAAGGGUCAUAAUAAUGCAACGACGAAACCUGGUGUGCCGAUGCAUGCAUACAUGAACAGCAAUGUGCAAGGUAUCAACAGCUCCAUUGUGUUCAACAGCACCUGCACUCACAAUGAUCCUGGGGUUCAUCUCUCUGUAACCCGAAAGCCGUUGAAUGGUCAUAGUCAUGGGCUCCAGUUCAAGGACAAUGCAGGAGAAAAGAAGAAAGGACAAUGGCUCUCAGAGUAGAAUUAUAUACUAAUAAUGUUUUAGGGAAUAAAGGUGAAGUUAGUCGUCAAAAUCAGGUCAUAAGAAGAUUUAAAUUCUGAUUCCAUUAACUCUACUUCAUACAAAAUUUGAAGAGGCAGGACAUAACCUGAUAUAUGGCUGUCUGAACCAUUUCCUGAGCUAAAGACGCCCCCAAAUAUCCUAAGGUUUUUUUUUUUCUUAUUUUAAUUUUUUUUAAUAAGAAAAAGUACCGAAAGGCGAAAAUGUUGUACUAAUUAUAUUGUUAUAAGUUGAUAUAUGUACCUUGUUCUGUUAUUUAGAGCACGUUGGGAAUAAAUUACAUAAGUUAAUGCUUUA